AACUCAUUUACAUGCUUCCCGCGGCCCCGCCCGUGGUGGCUAAAGCUACGUGUCCUUGUCCCCCGUGGGCAGCCUCAGCGCGUGCGGCCUCGGAUCGGAUCCCCAGUUCGAAGGGCCUCUUCCAGCCACCACCUCCUGGGAAAACAAGCCAUGAAGACCAAGAACCGACCUCCGCGGCGCCGAACAUCCAUGCAGGACACAGAAGCCACCCCAGGAGAGCAGACUCCCGACAGACCCCAGUCAGGCUCAGGAGGGUCUGAGCUGACGAAGGGUCUUCGGAGUAGGACGGCUCGUGCAGGUGGACCGCGAGCAGAGGUCAGCCGCCGGCGACAGGGGUCUGGUGGCCGCAGGGAGAAUAGUAUCCAGAGGCGACUGGAGAGCAAUGAGCGAGAACGACAGCGGAUGCAUAAACUCAACAACGCCUUCCAAGCACUGCGUGAGGUCAUCCCGCACGUGCGGGCCGACAAGAAACUCUCCAAGAUUGAGACCCUCACGCUGGCCAAGAACUACAUCAAGUCACUGACUGCCACCAUACUCACUAUGUCCAGCAGUCGCCUCCCGGGGCUGGAGGGGCCGGGUCCUGCGCCAGGUCCUAAACUCUACCAACACUACCAUCACCAGCAACAGCAGCAGCAGCAGCAGCAGCAGCAGCAGCAGCAGGUGGCUGGGGCCACGCUAGGUGCCACGGAGGACCAGCCCCAGGGCCACCUGCAACGGUACUCUACACAGAUCCACAGCUUCAGAGAGGGCAGCUAGCACCCGCUCUGGGCUCUGGGCUGGGUUGACAGUGCUGACCUGGCCUGCUCAGCUCAGCUCUGGUCCCUCCAUGCCACAGGCCCAACUGGUGAUGAUGCUAUAGGUAUUUUGUUGUUGACCAGAGUCUCUCGUGUGGCCCAUGCUGGCCUGGAACUCCUCAUCCUCCUGCCUUCACCUUCUCUAUGGCUGCGAUUACAGGCACACAUCACCGCAUGGUGCGGUGCUAGGAACGGAAAAAGGGCUCUGUGCAGGCUAAACCAGCUCUUGGCCUCCUGAGCUACAUCCCGCAGCCCAAGGUUGAAUCUCUGGUGACUCCAUUUUCCUUGAACGUCGGCUCAGCCAUCAACAUGGGGCAGUUUUUCCUAGCCAGCCAGGGGACAGCAUCAAGGCAUAUUGAGGCCCAAAUCUCUGAGGAAAGCCUGCCCAGUCCCUGCCACAGAACAGGCAGGAUGGGAAAGUGCUAUCCUUCCUCAGAAUUCUCUUUAUGUGUGGUGGCCGUGGGGCGAUUCCAGAAAGAAUGUUACUUUCAAAUGUCCCUGCUACCGCUGAGCCCAAGAUCCCUCCUGUAUUGUGGGUCUACAUGGAGGCCGAGCCCAAAGCGUCACCCACAAUUCAUCAGGGAAUAUAGCAGAGCCAAGAUGGGAGCUCUUUCUGCACCAGCCAUCUUGAAAGCCCAGAUGUCCUGGGCUCAGCUUAACAGCUGGGCUUAGAAAGGCCUCAUGGGACUUUAAGUGGAUAAUUGGGUUCCCUCACUCCCCCUCCCCCAAAUGGAGACUUCUGGAAAGGUUCCAGUGCCCUGGGGCUGUGACUGACCACAGCCUGAGUGGGGCCUAGGACCUGAGGCCCUGCGUGGGGACCAGGUAGGGUCUUUAUGAAGAAGACCCUUGAGCCUCUGUACAGGGAUAGACCUGCCCUGGGCCUUCUGCAGGCUUCCCACGGCCUUCAGCAGGCUUCCCACACCCGCACCCCCCUAUUCCAGGGGUGGACCACCAUGCUUAAUAGGGCUUAUUCUCUUGCCUUUGCCCCUGAUGUAUGGCUAGCCACGUGUUUUUUUCACAGGCUCAUGGGACUUAGCUCUUGGUAUUCUUGGUGUUUUCUCUGAGGCGGAAGCUGGAGAGACAGGCUUGCCCCUCCCCCAGCCUGAUCAUUAAUAACCAGGACUGGGUGGUUGGCAACCUACUGCCUCAAACCCAGCUUCCUUCUGUGGGGCGUUCCUGCCCCACUGGCUCUGCCAGGCUUCACUACUUCGCUGUCAACUGCUGCUGGCUUCUCCUUCCUCUCUUGUCUCUCUGCCCAGAACUGUCCUGGAGUUCCUUGGGGCCCUUGCCCGCCCCCCUUUCUUUCGAGUGACAGGAAUCUCACUAUCAUGUGUAGUUGAUCGCAAACUACUCAGGUUGGUCGCAAAUUAUGCAGUCCGGGCUGGUUUUGAAUUUGCGCUUGGUCCAUCCUCCUGCUUCAGCCUCCCAAGAACUGUGAACAUAGGUAUAGGGGGACAGCUCUGGCACCCCACGAAACAAUUAAUAGUGACACAGGGCCCGGGGGGUGUUGAUUUCUCUAUCCUAGUGAGACUUGAUUUGGGUCUGGUCCCUUCACAGAUCAUAGGUCGGGUAGACUGAGGCCUUUGUGUCUGUGAUUCAGGGAUGGUUACUGGGAAAGGUCAAUACUUAGGGAGUUUGCCAGUGUGAGCCGAGGCCAGGCACACCUCCAAGUUGGGAAGACAGAGCCCAGAUAUCUCUUGCUCUGGGGGACCUGCCGUGUGGAACACAAAGGGCCUCUGCCGACAGGACAGCACUACAAACCCAGUGGCUGGCUUCCAGAUGAGCCAAGGCCAGAGCGCAGCUCAUUUUGCUGGACCUUGCCUGGAAGUACAGCGAGGAAGGGAAAACGUCUGACCAAACUUCUGCCCUCAGGCCUGUCUACAGCCUAGGGCUGCCCAGGGUCACUGCCUUGCGUGGCUACAGCCCGGUGGCUUUGUGUCCCACGAGCUGACACACACACCACCCCCUGCUUCCCAGAGGGUGGCAUGGGCCUAGCUGUUCAGUUCUUUACCGGUGACAGACAGGACCUAUAUGUCCCUUGGGAGGCUAGGGGGCAAGUCUGUGAUGCCAAUAAGGUCUGUUGGUCUGUCUCCCUGUCUCAAGCCCAGGCUUGUCUGAUUUUUGUUUGUUUUUAAGACAGGUCUCAUGUAGUCUAGGUUGACCUCCAACUUGCUAUGUAGUGAAGGAUGAACUUUUGAUCCUCCUGCCUCUACCUCUUGUGUUGGGACCGACUACAGACAUGUACCCCCUGUACCCAGUUUGGGCAGCCCUGGGGACUGAACCCAGGGCUUGGGGCAUCUUUGGCAAGCUUUCUACCAAAUGAUCGACACCCCCGGCCUGGUCUCUUCAUUCCUGCUGGGUAAUGGAGCUGAUUUUGCUCAAAACCCCGGACAAGAGGGUUGGAGCCGCCCCCAGCUGGGUCCCCUGGACUGCGGAUCCACCAGAGCUGACCGGCAUCCUAUCAACAGCGGCAGAGAACGCGGAAUGUGACCUGUCUGGAAAGAGCCAAGAUGAAGAGGACGGCCUGCGUCCUGCCCGUCACUGCGGUGAAACACUCCGUAGUGACCUGAACUGGCUUUUUCCCUAACGGUUCCCUUGAAGUACUAAUGAAAUCGCCAGCUGUAUCUUCAAAUGAAAAGAUUCUGUUGCCACCGUGCUUCGGUUCUAGGCACAGGGGCCUGGAGACCUGUGCCUUUCAAUCCAAAUUCUAAUAAAAAGAUGUCAGUCA